AAUUAGAUAAAUAAAUAAAUAAACGAGAGAGAGAGAGAGAGAGAGGGGUAGUAGUAUUAUUUAGUUGUGUUGAAUUGUAUAGAUAGAAAAAUGUACAAUCCCACGUUCAAAGAUUAGUUUUCCCACUAUUCUUUAUUCUUUCUAAUCUGUAUUGCUUGCCUUGCAGUUCAAUUCCAAGCUGGAAAUAUAUUGCAACAAAAUCUUUGGUAGAAAUCUGGUCAGAUCUUGCCUUCUGCUCUUCUUCAUUUUGCUUCAUUACAAAUUAAGCUCCUCUUUCUUUCCUUCCCAUUUUAUCUCCUUCCUCACCUCACACAACCAAAAAAGAGAAAAAACAUUAUAUUACAAAUCAAAGAAAAAGAACUAAACUUGAAAAAGAAAAAUCCUUCUUCUUCCUCAAACUGCUGCAAUUUCUGUGAAUUUUGGGAGUUGAGGAAAUGGCCAUAGCAGCAGCAGAUGAUCAGUUUCAUGUUCUUGCUGUUGAUGACAGCUUGAUUGACAGAAAGCUGAUUGAGAGGCUUCUCAAGACAUCCUCUUUCCAAGUCACCACAGUUGAUUCUGGUAGCAAAGCUUUGGAAUUUCUUGGUUGGCAUGAAACUGAGAGAAACAUGUUCAAUGAAACCUCCAUUUCUCCCAAGAAUCAUCAGGAAGUGGAAGUGAAUCUUGUUAUUACAGACUAUUGUAUGCCUGGUAUGACAGGUUAUGAUUUGCUGAAGAAAAUAAAGGAAUCUGCAAUUUUGAGAGAUAUACCAGUAGUCAUCAUGUCCUCUGAAAAUGUCCCUUCAAGAAUAACCAGAUGUUUAGAAGAAGGAGCAGAGGAAUUUUUCCUAAAGCCGAUGAAAUUAUCAGAUGUGAAUAAACUGCGGCCUCAUAUGAUGAGAAGCAAAUCAAAGAAUGAAAAUGAAAAACAGGAAAAGCAAGAAAAUGAGGAGAUUAUUAGUAGAGGAGAAGCAGAUUCGGACAUGCAGACAGCACAAUCUUUGCAACAGCAGACAUCGCAAGCCAACAACAACAACAGCGUCGACAACAACAAGAGGAAAUCUAUUGAUGAAGGGCUUUCACCAGACAGAACUAGGCCCAGAUACAGUGAUCUUACUGUGAUGUCCAAUUAAUCUUUUUUUUUUUUUCAUAUUUCGAUAAUCGUGGUAUAGGCGGCUCGGCUCGACUACAAAAUGUUAGUGAAGUUAGAAUCAAUAAUCAUGAGAUUGUCAAUUCCUUAGGUUAAUCUUUGACAUAUAAGUUUGUUUCUUUAAUGAAGAGAUAUAUGUACAGUACAGGGCUAAAGACAAACUGUGUAAGAGUCUUACUAGGGAAAACUUUGGACCCAAAUUUGUAUUUAUUGAUUUUGGACCCAA